ACUACCAGGUCAGCAUGAUCUCCAGGUUGGGAUUUUUGGUGUACUUAAUGCGGCUGGUAGCCGGAGACUUCGGCGACUAUGCCAGCUUUGAUGAUUAUUACGAGAUGGUUGUGGAUAAUAUUACCUAUUCGCAGAAUUAUACCGUGCCGAGGAACAAUAGCGAAUUACUUAAUAUCACCGAUACGGUAAUCCACGAUUAUGGAACUUACGACUUCAUAAUAGUUGGAGGUGGUUCAGCUGGGGCAGUUUUAGCAAGUCGCCUUUCAGAAAUUAACGAGUGGAACGUUCUAUUAUUGGAGGCCGGAGGUGAUGACAACGACUUCAACAUAAUUCCAGGAAUGAUAAAUUAUUUACCUACUUCUGACAUGAACUGGGGACAUUUAACUACUUCACAGGACAAGGUGUGCCAAGGAUAUGGAACUGGCAAUCGCUGCAGGCAUCACGCAGGAAAGGUGAUCGGUGGAUCAAGCUCCAUUAAUGGAUUGUUUUAUACCAGAGGUAACCCGUUAAAUUUCGACCAAUGGGCGGAAUUGGGAAAUCCGGGAUGGUCUUACGAAGAAGUACUGCCCUACUUUAAAAAGUCUGAAAACGUCGGGUUUGAAGUCGAUGAUGAAGAUUACCAUGGCCGGGAUGGUCCCUUGGCCGUCAAUGUUACUGACCAGACGCCUGGAUUAGACGAACUUUUCUUCGAGGCGUUCGCUGAACUUGGAGUAGAAAAAGUCGACUACAAUGGAAAACAACAGCUAGGAGUCUCGAAAGUACAGUACACCCUAAACAAUAACCAGAGAGCGAGCACUGCUAGAGCGUUCCUAGACCCUGUACUGGAGCGAACUAACCUAGCGGUCAGUUUGCGUAGUUUCGUCACUAAGCUAUACGUCGACAGUUCUACUAAAACGGCGUACGGAGUGGAGUUUGUGAAAAAUGGAAAGCGUUUCGUUAGCACUGCAACGAAAGAAGUGAUUCUCUCAGCUGGCGUGAUCGGUUCGCCGCAGAUUUUGAUGUUGUCCGGAAUAGGACCGAGCGAUCAUUUAAAUGAUUUGGGCAUUGAAGUGGUCGAAGAUUUACCAGUAGGGAAUACUUUCCAGGACCAGGUUACAUAUUUCAGUUUCACAUUCAGAACCAACCACACAUUUUACAAUAUAUCGCUGAGGGAGCAACUAAAACUCUACCUCGAUAAUCAACGACCCUUAACAGCAGUCUCUGAUAUCGUGGCUUUCAUAAAUCCCGAUGAAACGACUUCCUCUCUCCCAGAGAUCGAAAUCUACACCGUUGUGACUUCGCCUACAUUGAAUACCAAUCUUUCACAAGAUCCUGACAUAGUACACGACAUCACAGUUUUCGUAUGCUUACUGAACCCGAUCUCCAAAGGAACGCUGCGGCUGCGAUCUAACGAUCCCAUCGACAGACCAUUGAUCGAUCCAAACUACCUAGGCGACCCUCAAGGACAAGACGUCGAAACCUAUUUGAAAGGUUUCAAAUAUGUUCAACGGCUGAACGAAACAAAAGCCUUUCGAGACUUCCAAGCUUGGAUAGAUCAUCCUCCAGCCGAACCGUGCGAUGGACAGUUCGAACGGUUCUCUGACGAUUGGUGGUACUGCGCGAUUAAAAACUUCGCCGCCGCAACGUACCAUUCGGUGGGAACAACACGCAUGGGGAAUUCUACCGUUGAUUCAGUGGUGGAUGCUAAGUUAAAGGUCCACGGUAUUGGAGGAUUGAGGGUUGUCGAUGCUGGAGUGAUGCCGGUUAUGAUAUCGGGACACACGAACGCUCCUACAAUUAUGGUAGCAGAAAAAGCGGCCGAUUUAAUUAAACAGGAUUAUAACGUCUAA